UCAACAGCAGGAGCUCCUUCCGACUUAGACAAGAGCUUUUUCAUUAUUCUCACUCGGGAUUAAGUUUUGGAGCAAAAGUGGAAUAUUGCAACAUAAAGAUAUCACUAAAAUAUCAUCCGUUCAACUUUCUGAAGUGAUAUAAAGCGAAGAAGAGGAGGAGAGAGAGAGGAGCUGGACCCAUAAGAUGCCACGCUGGUCAAUACAUGUGCCAUGAGGAGCGGAGGAGAUCUAUGCUAAAGCCAAACAUAUUAAAACACUGGAAACAUUUCACAGGUCACGUUGAGCCCAUGCGGUGGUCCAUACUCGCCCUGCUGCUCCUGUCCUGCAGCGAGAUGUUUGCCCAGCGCCCAGGUGACGUCUGCCCGCAGAACGGCCACCGCGAUGUCACGUCCAACUCCGCGCCGACCGUGGAUCCCAAACUCUUCAACAAGAGACGGUAUCGCUCACCCCGAGUUCUUUUCAGCGAACUACCGCCCGACUCUGAACCGAGGAGCAGGGCCAAGAGAAGAGCGGGCCAACCUCAACACCGAGGAGUUUACUCCGUCUGUGAGAGCGUCAGCCUCUGGGUGGGCAAUAAAACCAAAGCCACAGACAUUUCUGGCAACGAGGUCACGGUCUUACCUGACGUAAACAUUAACAACAUCAAUAAAAAGCAGUACUUUUUUGAGACGACGUGCAGCGGCGGGAGGACCGGAGGUUCUGGGUGCUUGGGAAUCGACGCGCGCCAUUGGAACUCGUAUUGUACCAAUUCGCACACGUUCGUGCGGGCGCUGACUUCGUUUAAGAACCUGGUGGCGUGGAGACUGAUUCGGAUUAACGUUGCUUGCGUGUGUGUGCUCAGUCGUAAAUCGUGGAGACAGUGAGAUGAUGUUGCUUUGAGGUCAACAUGCCCUGUCAGUGUCGGUUUUAUGACAUCAAGCUUGAUAAUCCAAAGUCGUCCAUGCGAUAUCGAAUUGAUGCUGAACAUUUUCUUUAUGCACGCCAUCAACGAAACCCAUGACAUAAAACAGACCGUCUGCUGGGAUAAAUAUGAUGUGCUCCUUCUCUAUGGAAUCUACAGUGGAAUGUAGGAUUUGGACUUCAGUGUUCACGAUUGUUUUUUUAAUUCUUUUUUUAUGAGUUUUGUGUUUUUGGGAAUAUUGUUUUUGCCUACAGCAGUAUGAGAACUAAGGUGGUACCAAAUGUAAAUAUGUUGUUUGUUGUAAUUGUUAUUUAUUAAAUGUAGCAUUAUUGGAUAGUUUUUUUGUGGGCUCUUCAGUUUGCAAACUAUUAAAGGAAUAGUUCACACAAAAUAACAAUUCUGUCAUUAUUUAUUCACCCUCAUGUCAUUCCAAAUCUGUUUUUACUGUGGAACACAACAGAAGAUAUUUUGAGAAACGUCUCAGUGGUUUUGUGUCCAUACAAUGGAAGUCAAUGGGGUCUAGUGUUGU